AACCCUUCCUCCUCUAUCUCCGUCUCUAGCCCUAUGACUGUGCGUAAAGGAAAAAGUUUAGCCAUCACCAUCCAGGAGCACAUGGCCAUCGACGUAUGUCCGGGCCCCAUCCGCCCCAUCCGUCAAAUCUCUGCCUACUUCCCUCGCCUGUCACCCACUUCCUCCUUCUCUGAGCCGCUCUCGCCCAAUCAGGUGGCAGCUCCCACGGCACUCAGCCCUGGCAGCGCAGGUCAAGGUGGAGGGGCUGUUGGUGGGGGAGGAGGUGGAGGGGGGAGCAGCAGCCUGUUGUCACCACUGUUACCAGGGGCGGCGGGCGGAGGGGGCUCCCUGUCAGCCAUGAGUAGCAUGGACACCUCCAUCGAGAUUGACAGCUGUGACAGCGACGAUAACACCUCCUUGGGGACGUUAGAGUUUGAUCUACUGUAUGAGAGAGCCACCAGCUCCUUACGCUGCACAGUCCUGAGAGCAAAGGGUCUGAAGCCGAUGGAUUUCAACGGUUUGGCUGACCCUUACGUCAAGCUGCACCUGCUGCCAGGAGCCUGCAAGGCAAAUAAAUUGAAAACCAAGACUGUUCGCAACACGCUUAACCCUGUGUGGAACGAGACGCUCACCUACUGUGGAAUCACAGAGGAAGACAUGUACCGCAAAACACUCCGGGUGUCCGUGUGCGACGAAGACAAGCUGACACAUAAUGAGUUCAUCGGAGAGUCGCGGGUGGCCCUGCGUCGUGUGAAGCCUGACCAGACCAAACACUUUAACAUCUGUCUGGAGCAUCCACCUCCUCUGCCGUCUCCGACUGCGAUGAGCACGGCCCUGAGAGGAAUCUCCUGCUACCUGAGAGAGUCGUCUUCCCUUACUGUCUUCCUAGAGCACCCUGGUUGUGGGUCUUCCUCCUCAUUCUCUUCCACAGCAAUUGCAUCUUCAGCAGUAUUCCUAUUGUCAAAGUCACUGUCUAUGUCACUGCAGGGGGUCAUCUUCCUCUACAUCUUGGUUGUCUCCAAGGCCAACCUCAACCUCAACCUCAGCAUUGGCACCAGCACCUUCUGCAUCUUCAUUAUUGUUGUCAAUGUUAUCAACGUUGUAAUUGUCAAUGUUGUCAACAUUCACAAUGUCAACACCGUCAUCGUUUGGUUGGUCCUCAUCUUCCUGGACGUGGCCCAGAGCGACAGCAAACCCGUUGAUUCCAUGAUUCAUGAGAAAUUCCAUCCAGGCAAUGAGCCCAGCGUUAAGUUGCUCAGCUGGUGGCCGAUCGACUCUUGGAUAAAAAAGAAUAUUUGGGCCUGCAAGAUCAAUUAG